UAUUUGUUACUCUCGAAUGGUAUAGUCUGGCAGCUUAAUUCUACGACAGCCAGCUACCCAGGCGGCGGGUAUCGCGCUAGUCCUCUAGUGAAUGUCCUUGGUGCUCCGCGUCUUUCCCAACCAUGUGGCCCCCUGGGCGAUACUUCUGUGUCUCCAUCAAGUCUUCUGCAUAGAACACCGUAGAACUCCCAAUCUUCCGAAGGCAUAUCCAACUCAACCCUCUAUUAUUUCCAGAUUCAUCCACUAUCACAUGCCAAACCCGUCCCCUGUGAUUCACGACUCGAACAAUGGAGCUAGGGUGCUGUUGAGAGAUAACACCAACAAACAACCCACAAAACCAGGAACCCGCUUUCACAUGUCACUGAUACCACCAUAGGGCUGUCACCAUAUGCAGCCGGAUAACAUGGAACGCUGUUGACGGAAGAUCGCCAGGGGAUGCCCAACGUUUCGUGGUAGUCUAAUUGGACAUCGUGAUGUUUGGGAGCUGAGGCAUUGACUGAUUG